UCAUUCUCUUUUUUUAAAUUUCUCUCUCCGCACUGUAUCUCACACUACACACCAGAUCAGACUCACUUCUCUUCUCAGCAAAUCGGAGCCUGAGCGAUGAAGACGAUGCAGAAGCAGCCACCACCACACAGAUAGGAAAAUAAAAAUCCCAAUUUUCACAUCAAAAUCGAACGAAUUCGACUCAAUAAAAAUCCUAGAAAUGAAGGAUGAGGACACACUCCCAAUCACAAAAAAGGAACCUACAGAUUCUGUUAUAUUGGGAAAAGGCAAGUACAAGUUCUGGGCACUUGGUGCCAUAUUGCUCCUCGCAUUGUGGUCCAUGUUCACCGGCACUGUCUCUCUUCGUUGGUCGGGUCCUCUCAACACGUUCUCCCACGACCUCCACGCGCCCAUCCACGACGACCUCGAUGUCCUUGAAAUAGAGGAGAGAGAGAAGGUGGUGAGACACAUGUGGGACGUGUACACCAAUAACCGUAGGAUCAGGUUACCGCGGUUCUGGCAAGAGGCCUUCGAGGCUGCCUAUGAAGAUUUGACGAGAGACGUGGCGGAGAUUAGAGACGCUGCCAUUGCUGAGAUCGCUAAGAUGUCUGUUCGCUCCUUUGAUUUUCAAUCGCCUCCUGUCGCACAUUCUACGAGAGCAAGGGAACUUAGUAAGAGCUUCAGGCAAGUUGAGAAAGGCUAAGAGCAAUCUUCAAUCGUGCUUAAAUAUUAGAAUGUGGAGCAACCAAGGGUUUUAUUUACUUCAAUAGUUUAUGAAGUGGUAGUGCCAGGGGAAGCCAUACUCCGAUUAUCAUGCUUUCAUAACAGGGAAGACUGUGUAUCUUAUUAGGUUGUGAUUCUUUCAAAUUUUGCAGUAAAAUUCAUAAUCUUCUCAAUGUGAGGGAUAGUAAAUUGGUACGUGAAAAAUCAACUUGAGACCAUAUUUCAGGUUUAUUUUAUUUCAUAAAAAUUCUCAUAAAAGCAAGUUCUAAAUCUACAAAGUUUUUGUCGAGACCGUGUACUUUCUUCUCAACAGAGUA